AUGCUUGUUAAUGAGGUUCGGGCUGGAAUGAGAGAUGUUGAUAGUGGAUACAUGAGCGAAUAUCUAUGCACGAUAGAGGACGGAGCAGUUUAUCAAAAUAAAAAUAAAAUCAUGAAAGGUAAUCUUACAAUUGUCGAUAAAAAAACUGAAUCUGGUGCAUUUCGCUAUGAGGAAAGAAUAAAAUCGUCUCAAUUUCGGGAGAACAUUGACUAUACUUUUGAUGAGGUUAAGAGUAUUUAUACCAUUCUUUCUCCUCAGUUGGCAAGGGAGAUUUUGAUAAUUCAAAAUCCCUAUAAUGAGAAUAUUGAUGUUUCUAGCAUAGUGGUAAAAGUGUUGGUUGAUUAUGAAAGUGAAAUUAAUGUCAAACCUCAAAUUGUUAUUGAUUUAGAAAAAAGGGAAGGAUUGAUUGAAGCAAGUAGAGGAAGAAAUAAUUUUCCUCAAUCUUUACCUCCUAGCAGAACAAAUCAGUUAAUCAAAGAUAAAAAAAAAGAGGCUAGUUCUCUUCAAAUUCAAGAAAUUGAUGUAGAUGUAGAAAUGAAUGAAGUUGAAAAUCCAAAAGAAGCCGAAAAAGGUGAUAAUAGAGAUAUGUCAGAAACAACAGAAAAACAACCACCUUUGAUACAAUUAGAUCCGCGUCAGUUAAAAGAUUUGAUAAUUACUGUUGAUUAUGUUACCAAGGAGUUAAAAAAUAUUGCUGAUAAAGAUAAAAAGAAGUUAGAAAAGUGUCAGUGUGAAACUAGUGAGAAAGUAAGAGUUGAUUAUAUUGAUAGUCAAGGAGAAGGCUGGAUUUAUUGUGAAAUUUGUGAACAAAGAAUAGAGAGUGCGGGACAUCAUGGCGUGAUUAAGAAUCGGAAUGACCCGAGGUUUUGGGGAUUGAAUGCUAAGGAAAGGCAUGCCAAGGAGGAAAAAAUAUUUGUUUUGGGAGUAUGGGAAGAGGGGGUAUUGGGGUUAGAAAAAACUUAUCUAAAAAUAAAGCCUUUAAUCAAGCAAAGAAAAGUCAGUGAGUUCGUGAAUAAACUGGUAGAAAAAGAAUUAUCUCAAACUGAAAAGCAAGAAAAAGAACAGUUAAGAAAACGACUAAUUGAAGCCUACAAAAGAGAAAGUGAAAACCAAGCUUUGCAAGAGGAAUUAGCCAUUUGGGACGAAAUAUCAGGAGAUGGCUUAGACGAUGAAUAA